AUGGCCUUCAAAGAAAGCGAUACGGCGACAACUGUCCACCACGAAGAGAAGAAUUCUAAUUUGGAUGCGACCGAUGGAUGUCAGGAAGAUAAUGAGAAGAAAGACCCCUAUAUGAGUGAUCCCGGGAUUCAAAUCGACGCGGCGACAGACAGACGCCUUUUCUGGAAGAUCACGCGUCGGGUGCUUGUAAUUCAAGUUAUAACCUACUUUUGCCAGUCUCUAGACAAAGGUAUCUUGAACUAUGCCUCCAUCAUGGGGCUGAAGGAUGAUGCCCACCUUGUGGGUCAACAGUAUUCAUGGCUAGGAACGAUUUUGUACAUCGGCAUUAUCGCAGGCGAGUAUCCGCAGAAUUUGCUACUUCAAAAAUUUCCCGUGGCAAAAACGCUGGCUAUCAAUGUGUUCAUCUGGGGAGUCGUUGUGACUUGCUCAGCAGCAUCCAACAACUUUGGGUCACUUAUGGCUGUUCGAUUCUUACUCGGAUUUUUCGAGAGCUGUGUCCAGCCUGCCAUGAUGCUAGUAACUGGAAUGUGGUAUAAACGAGAAGAACAAUCCGUAUUGAACUCUAUUUGGUAUUGCAUGAGUGGAGUGCAAUUGAUGGUCGGAGGGCUUUUAGGCUUUGGUGUCUCCCAUUUCACCAACGGACCGAUCAAAAACUGGCAGCUCCUUUUCCUGGUUCUCGGUCUCUUCACAUGCGUUUGGUCUGUGUUCAUCGGAAUCUUUCUUCCUGACAGUCCUAUUUCAGCCAAAUGUUUUUCAGAGGAUGAGAAGCGCCUGAUGAUUGAGCGAGUGCGCCAUAAUGAGACUGGCAUUGAGAAUAAAAAGUAUAAGAAGUACCAGGUGCUUGAGGCCAUUCAGGAUCCCUUGGUUUGGUGCUGUGUGAUGCUUAUUCUUGUUGCGAAUUUGGUCAUUGGUGGACUAGGGGUGUUUUCCAAUCUAAUUAUCCAAAAGUUUGGGUUCUCACUUCUUCAAACACAGCUUCUCAAUAUUGCUCAAGGCGCUUGGAGCAUAAUUGUCAUGAUCGGGUCUGCGUGGGCGUCUCAAAGAUUCCAGCAAACGUGCUUCGUCAUGAUCCUCUACACAAUUCCCGCAAUUGUCGGCACGAUCGUUAUCCUAGUUGUUACUCCGACUCCAUCCAAUGCAGGCGGAAUGCUGGUAGCCUUUUAUUGCACGCAAUUCUUCCCCGCCCAAGGUAACAUGAUCAUCUCACUCAUCACCCGGAAUAUUGCAGGCCAAUCAAAGAAAGGCUUUACCAUGACUAUGCUUUUCGUUGGCUGGGCUGUUGGAAACUUGAUUGCACCACAAAUCUUCCGGGACAGUGAUGCCCCUCGUUAUCUACACGGGUUCCUGGCGCAUAUCGUGAUUUAUGCCGUGUAUGUUGGUCUUGUUAUCAUCACUCGUGUGAUCAUUAUGACCAGGAAUCGUUCCAAAGAGCAGGCGAUGAGUGAAGUCCGUCAUGAUGUGGCUUUCCAGGAUCUGACCGACCGUGAGAACCCGAAUUUCCGAUAUGUUUAUUAA